GUGAAGAUCUGGUUCCAGAAUCGUAGGAUGAAGCAUAAGAAGGAGAAUAAGGAUAAGCCAGUUACAGCGGUUCCAUUUGCUGGUAGUGCGUUACCGUUUCAUCAUUUGGCCACAUUUCCACGUAAUUUUCUGUUGACGAAUAAUUACACAUAA